GAGGGCACGAGGCGAGCACGUCGCUCCUCCGAUAGUCCUUUUGGACCCGGAUGUGACUGUUCCAGAGACAACAGACAGCGAGCCCAUCCCUGGUAAGUCGAUCGAGGAUUCAGCGCUGGGCCAUGAGAUCAUCAGCAGGCGCCGGGAGGGACAGGUGUUCGGACAGGUGAAGAAACUGAGGCUCUGAGAUGUUCAUUGACUUGCCUAUGAUCACAUAGCUAACUCUUCUGAACUAUCAUGGCAGUCAAAUGGACUGGUGGACAUUAUUCUUCUGUUCUCUGCUUGGAUGCAAAUAAAGAAGGGCUGGUGGCUUCAGGAGGAGAGGAAGGUGACCUCAUCAUUUGGAGCCCAGAAGGGAAUCAAGUAGGACAGAUAGAAUUCCAAGGGUUUGAUGAUGUUACCUGUGUCAGAUUUUCUCCUACCUGUCCUAAUAAACUGUAUGCAUCACAUGGUGAAAUUAUUAGCAUUCUGGAUGUCAGAUCCUUCACAGGUUCGACUGAGGAUUUCCACGUGAAUGAAGAGGAAGUCAAUUGUCUUUCAUUGAAUGAAACAGAAAACCUCCUAGCUUCUGCAGAUGACUCUGGAACGAUCAAAAUCUUAGACUUGGUCAACAAACGGGUUAGCCGAUCCCUGAGGAAACAUUCAAACAUCUGUUCUUCUGUUGCUUUUCGGCCUCACAGACCUCAGAGCCUAUUGUCAUGUGGACUAGACAUGCAGGUAAUGCUGUGGAACCUACAGAAAGCUCGGCCACUCUGGAUGGUAAACUUACAGGAACAGGAAGACAAACAGGAAGAGGAACAGGAAGAAGAAACAGUCAAGAUAGGAGAACCAGAACAGGCAUCCAGUCAGCUCUCUAAUCCUGCCCUAGCUCACUCUCUCUCCGUGGCAUCUUGUGGGCGUGUUUUCAGUUGUGGUGCUGAAGAUGGUAAAAUCCGAAUUUUUAGAGUAUUGGGGGUCACCUGUGAACAGGAACUAGGAUUUAAGGGCCACACACUGGGGGUUUCACAGGUGUACUUUCUUCCAGAUUCCUAUUUGCUGCUUAGUGGAGGGAAUGAUGGGAAGGUGAAGUUAUGGGAUGUGAGCAGCAAAGUUGAGAGAAAACAGAGGAAUCCUGUAAAAUUCACCUACAGGAAAAAGCCUAAAACUCCAACCUAUCCCAAACCAAAAGAAAAGGAAAAUGUUUUAGAAACAAAUGAACCACCACCAUGUACUGACUUCUUACCAAAGCUGACUCUUGAACAUGGGGACAAAGUGAACUGGCUCUCAUAUAGCAAGAUGAAGGGGUCUGGAAAGAUACUUAUUGCUGAUCAGAGCAGUUCCAUAUCUGUGUAUCCCCUAAGUGGCUUCUAAAUUCAGUAAAGAAAUCCAUUUCAGGUAGAAGAAUUUGUCAUCAUUGGUUCUUCAGUAUUUUGAAACAUUUCACUCCACCCUCUGCUUCUGACCCCAGAUAGCCCUGAAGUUCCCCACCUGGGGCCUUGCACUCCUGAUUGAUGAAGACUCUCCAUAUCGAACCCAACCCAAACCCAACACACUCUGCUACCAUUUUCAUGAGGUGCCUCCCCUACCCCCACCCUUUUCUGGGAACAAUAAUCAAAUAAGCACUACAUACCUGAAAGGAUAUGUCAGUGCCCUAUGGCUCCACUCCCCAUCCCUGCGUAUUUCCAAACCAAAUUUACCCCCUCCUAACCACCACUCUCUUUUAUGUGUUCUAUUCCCCUCUUAGAAUGUAAGCUCCUUAAGGGCAGAGUCUUCUCUUUUUUUAUGUAUUUUCUUCUCAGUACUUAGCACAGUGCUUGACACAUGCAUCCCUUAAUGCUUUUUAUUUAUUAAGAACCAAGCAUAAUGCCUAGAAUGGAGAUACUUUAAUAAACACUUAAUUGACUGAAGAA